CUUGAAUCCUUAUGCUUAUCAGAUAAACAAGGCUCAGGUUCUCAGUUCACAUUUUGGAGACUUGAUAUACAUGACUCAAACAAGUAUCAAUCAUGAGUGACGACUGGACCAACGAGCCUCUGGUUCUCGAUUUUGAGCAUCUCGCUCGAGGCGACGUCGGCUUAGUCGGUGGCAAGAAUUCUUCUCUGGGUGAGAUGAUUCGAGCCCUCGGGCCCAAGGGAAUUCCAGUGCCACCAGGCUUCGCGACAUCAUCCUAUGCCUACUGGCACUAUGUCGACGCCAACAACAUCCGGGGCAAGAUCGAUGAACUCGUCGAUCAAUGGCAGUCUGGCCAUCAAACGCUUGCUGAGAUAGGUCACGCCAUACGCAUCCUGUUCCUGCGUGGAACGUGGCCGGCUGAUACUGCAGAGGCCAUACUGUCUGGAUAUCGCGACUUGUGCGAUAAAGCCGGGGUUGAUGAUCUAAGUGUUGCAGUGCGAUCUAGUGCAACGGCUGAAGACCUUCCUGACGCGAGCUUCGCUGGACAGCAGGAGACGUACCUAAAUAUCCAGGGGAGCGAAGCGCUGCUCGAUGCUUGUAGACGAUGUUAUGCUUCGCUUUUUACAGAUCGAGCUAUCAGCUAUCGCCAUAUCAAGAAGUUCAAUCAUGGAAACGUGGCUCUCUCCAUUGGGAUCCAGCAGAUGGUUCGCUCUGACAUCGGCGGCGCAGGUGUCAUGUUCUCUAUCGAUACAGAGAGCGGCUUCGACAAGAUCAUUCUCAUCAAUGCUGCAUGGGGCCUUGGCGAGAAUGUCGUUCAGGGUACUGUCAACCCAGAUGAGUACCAGAUCUUCAAACCUCUCCUAUCUAAUGAGAAGCUAUCGCCGAUUCUGAGCAAGAAGCUCGGCGACAAGGCGAUCAAGAUGGUGUACGGGGAUAAGUGCGUACGAACACGCAAUGUCCCUACAUCCAGGGCCGAGCGAGCUGCCUAUGUUCUAAAAGAUGAAGAGAUUCUCCAAUUGUCACGAUGGGCAUGUCUUAUCGAGGAGCAUUACAGCUGCCCGAUGGAUAUGGAGUGGGCUAGAGAUGGCUCUUCUGGCAAACUCUACAUCGUGCAGGCCAGACCUGAGACGGUGCAGUCUCGCCGUGACACGGCAGCCUUCAAGACCUACACGGUCGGAGAACGUGGCCACACCUUGACCACAGGGCUGUCUAUUGGCGACAAGGCAGUUGCAGGGCGGAUCUGCCUGCUCACCUCGGUCUCGGACAUAGACAAGUUUAUCGACGGCUCGAUCCUGGUGACUGAGGCUACGGACCCUGACUGGGUGCCUGUCAUGAAGCGAGCUGCCGCAAUCGUCACCGAUUACGGUGGGCGGACCUCUCACGCCGCGAUUGUCAGUCGGGAACUGGGUGUUCCAGCGGUAGUUGGUACUGGAAACGCAACCUAUGUUCUGCACACUGGUCAAGACGUCACUGUGUCAUGUGCAGAAGGCGAUUCGGGUCUUGUCUAUGAUGGAAUCUCGGAGAUCACCACCCAGAUGGUACACAUAUCCGAGCUCCCUUCUGUCCGAACAAAGAUCAUGCUGAAUCUGGCCAACCCCUCAGCUGCGUACCGCUGGUGGAGGCUCCCAGUUGAUGGUAUUGGACUUGCUCGUAUGGAAUUCGUGGUCAGCAAUUUUAUCCGGGUCCAUCCCAUGGCUCUCAUUCAUUAUGAUCAUCUUGAGGAUGAAGCAGCCAAGAAAGAGAUCACCAAUCUUACUGCAGGCUAUACUUGCAAGCCUGAUUACUUUGUGGAUAAGUUGGCAUCUGGCCUCGCAACGCUUUGUUCUUCUGUCUACCCCAAACCAGCCAUUAUUAGGAUGAGCGAUUUCAAGACGAAUGAGUACGCUCGCCUGAUAGGCGGUGCUGAGUUUGAACUUAAGGAGGAGAACCCCAUGAUCGGAUUUCGCGGGGCCUCACGUUACUACUCGCCUCGCUACAAGGAGGGCUUUGCCCUAGAAUGCCGUGCUGUUAAAAAGGUUCGAGAGGAAAUGGGACUCACCAAUGCCAUUGUCAUGAUUCCCUUUUGUCGAACAGUCAAAGAAGCCCGAAAGGUGCUAGACAUAAUGGAAGAGAAUGGACUGAAGCGAGGGGAGAACGGCCUCAUGGUUUAUGUGAUGUGCGAGAUCCCUUCCAAUGUCAUCCUGGCCUCGAGCUUUACCCAGCACUUUGACGGCUUCUCCAUUGGGUCCAAUGAUCUGGCUCAGCUCACCCUCGGUGUAGACCGAGAUUCUGGGGAGUUAGCGAGCUUGUUCAACGAACAGGAUGAGGCUGUAAAGUGGAUGAUUGCUAGAGCCAUUACAGUGGCUCGCCGAGAGGGCUGUAAGAUUGGGCUUUGUGGCGAGGCACCAAGCAACCAUCCUGAAUUUGCAAAGUUCUUGGUUAAUGCGGGGAUUGAUUCCAUCUCUGUCAGCCCUGAUAGUUUUGUUCAGGUUAUGAAACAUGUAGUGGCUAGUGAGAAGGGCUUGUAAUUAUUGAUUUAUCUAUUGCUAGUGAUAUCGAUAUCGUAUCUUGUUCAUAAGCCGAUGGUUUGACGCUGUUACAUCAGAUGCGGAGUGGAAACUACUGUCACUCUUGCUUUCAAUGUGCCUUCAAAAAGAAUGGUCUUCCUUACGAACCUGGAG